CAAGACCGGAAGCACUCCUUGGGCACCACUCAGCGAACGGAAAGGAAGGCACCACUCAGUAGCAAACGCCAUCGCUGACACAGUGCCCUCUGACGGCGCACGCGGCGUGCCGGUGCCCGUGCCGUCAGUGCCAUGGGGCGGAAGCAGAAAGGGGUGAAGGAGGCAGAGGAAGGUGGAGAAGGCGGAUUACAAGAUGUCCGGAGCGCGUUUUCCCGCCUUCAGCAGAUGAUGGCCAUGACCAAUCCGGGCAUGUUUCCCAUGCAGAACGCCAAUCCCAUGGCUGCUAUGAUGCCUAACCUGCCCAAGGCCAUGAUGCCUGGCAUGCCAGGGAUGGCUCCGAUGCCUGCGUUGGGCGGUCCCGCUCCACCGGCACCCGCCUCGGAGAAGGGCGGCUCGAUGGGGGAAGCAGGAGGAGCCAAGAAGGAGUGGGUCAUCAAGCCAGGUCUCAAGCCCGGUGAUUGGACCUGUCCUCGUUGUGAGGCCAAUGUCUAUGCCUCCAAGUUCAACUGCUGGAGAUGUGGCGUCUCCAAGCGCGGGGAGAACGAGUCGGAGUAUAUUUCGGAACAUGGCCGGAUCCAUCCAGACAUUCAGGAGCUGUGUGACGCCUUCUAUGUUGAGCAGAGGCACAUUGAGAAGCUUAACGAGCUCAUGAAGAUGCGGACAGACACUUGGGACGAGGACUUGAAGAAGUUGAGAGAGGUGAUGGAAAAGGCACGCUCCCCCUGUGGAAUGCUGGUGACCAAGAUGAAGGAGAUUGAAGAUGGCACAUUUGUCGCAGUAAACCGGGACAAGAGGAUGAAGUACUUGGUGGAUAAGUUCAAGCUAGACAAGACCGCGGAAACCAGCAUCUCAGAUAUUCUUGCAAGAUGCUCUAAGGAGAAGCAAGAAGAGUACUACUAUGACUUAGAGAGACAUUUCGAGUGCUCCGGCAAACCUUCUGCCACUGCUAUGAUGAUCAUGAAGAAGAUGGCCAAUGGGGAGCCUUUAGGCCCUCCAGGGCGUCCAGGUAAGGGCAGUUAUCUGGAACGCAUGCAGAACGAAGGCAAGGAAGGUGGCAAAGGCAAUGAACGUGGCCGCGGGGAUGACCGUGGCCGUGGGGAUGACCGUGGCCGCGGGGAUGACCGUGGCCGCGGCGAUCGCAACGAUCGGGGCGACCCGCGCCGCGACCGCGAGCGCUCCCCGCGUCGCGACGACCGCCGGGGCUACGACCGCCGGGAUGGGCGUCGAGAUGACCGGAGGGACGACCGGAGGGACGACCGGAGGGAUGGCCGAGAGAGGCGGGAGGGCCGGGAUGACCGGCGGAGGGAUAGCCGGGAUCGAGGACAGGGAGGAGGAGGAGGAGGAGGGGGAGAAAGAGGAGAAAGAGGAGAAAGAGGAGGAGGGGGUGCGAAGGUGAAGCCCAGGGAUCCGGAUCCCUUCAUUCCUCAGCCUAAAGGCAUGGAAGCGCCGGAGCACGGCGAGGGCUGCCCGGAGGCCGUUGGCCUUCACGGCAAGGCCGCCGCCGAGGCGUUGCAGUCGGGCGCCGAGCGCGUGCGCCGCGAGCUGCAGGCCAAUCUUCAGGCGAUGAUCCGAAAGGCGAUCUCCGAGGGACGGCCCAUGGAAGAGUGGACAGCCUAGGCGAGCGCCUGACCGCUGGUGCGGCUGCAGCGGUGGCACAUGUGGCACUGGUGCAUAAGAGGAGGGUGGUGUGCUGGGAGUAGGUUGGAGGUAUCACACCCAGAAAGGGAAUAUACCCAGCAGGUGCAUGCUGCGUUUGUUUUUUUUCCUGGGAGUGUGGCGAUGGUGUGCACAGCCCAAUUUGGCAGCUGCAGACAUGAGUUUGUGUGCGUUCUGCGGUUGAACAAGCAAAGCAGCGCGGUUAUUGAAUUUGCCAUCCCCCUGUCCCCGUCCAAAACCACUGGAUGAAGUCCUCAUGUUUGUUACAUCCUGGUGGUUUCCCAACCUAUGCCCCAGUCACCAAAAGGGGCUUAGCCCACCAGGGGCGUAUGACUGUUGGUGUUCUCCAAUGCUCCAAGUACCGAAUCAUCAUGACUUAAAGCAUCCUGAACCCCACAAAAACACUCCCCAGAAUGAUCAUAAGUGGACCAUCGCCCAUGAUCAUGGGCGGGCCCCGCGGGGAUGACAGUGGUGAACUCCACUUCCAUGAUGACACCGAGUGUCUUCAGCACACCUGAGGCUUAUGGCACAGCUUGCGGCUC